AUGAAAGUGUCGCAGGACCUGGCAAUGAACAGCAAGGCUGAUGCUCGGGUGCAGAACCUGGGGACAGUGUCCGUCGAGAAUCGGCGGAAAAUGCUGGACUAUAUUGGGCGGGUCGGCUGGGGGACGCCGCAGUGCACGUGGACGAACAAGAUCUUCGACAUGCUGGCCUUGUACGUUGGGAAGUUCACGAAGCAGACCUCUCAUGCAGAGCUGCGGAAGAUUUUGGUGACGACCGACAUGGCCCAGAGUGCUUUCAUCGACUGGAUGCAGGCGGAAGAGCGUGUCAGCGUCACUCCUGAGGAAGCUGUUCCUUGA